CAUACAGCAAGUUGGGGCGAAAAAAAAGGUUGAAGAACAGAGAGUGAUUGGUAGUUACUAGUGGAAAAUUGAAGAGAGGAAUUGAAGGGAGGGAAGGUAGGAUGUCAGGGGCACAAGGGGCACAGCCGAAAGAAGCAAGGACAGCAACGGUGUACGAGUCAGUAGAAGGAGGAGAGAAUAGAACGAGGACUGACUUGCGUUCAAAGGAGGAUCAAGGCAAAAUUCAGAUCGAUAAGAUGCAGGAGAAGGUCUCUGACCCUGCUGGCAAAGGUGGUCCUGUCUUUGGUGCUGGCAAAGAUGACAACAAGCAAGACCUUGGAGUCACUGGCACUGGCUAAUCAUGUUAAGAAAAUUAAUAGUUAUUUUCGUAAGAAAAGUUUUAUGUAAAGAUGGUAUACUAGACAGUUAAUUGGUUUAGUCAACUGGAUAUAUUCAGUUAAAAACCUUAAAUUAUGUAAGGGUUGAAAAUACCAUCUUUCACAUGAAACGUUUUUAGGAAAAUGGAUAUCUUAAGAAAAUUAGAGAGA